AUGGCUGGAAAAGGAAAAGGUAAGAAAAAAGAAAAGAAAGAAAAAGAAGAAGGCGGAGACAAGAAGAAAUCUAAAAAAGGUGGAGGAAGACCCAAGAAGGGCAAAGCGAAAGGUAGAUGCAACGUAGACAUGCUCACAGAUUCAGCAAUGGACAAUGUUUAUUACGCCUGUCAUAAUGUCCAAGAAUUAUUACAGGCAAGAGGAUUUCAUCCUCCCGAUUUUAAUAAGAAGAAAAAGAAAGGAAAACGCUAG